AUGAUCAAUGAGCACGUUUUCAAUAAUACAAAAUUUGAAGAGCUGGAGAUUCUUAAAAUUUUCAUUGGAAUAUGCCGUGGUCUCGAGGUGAUGCAUAAUUAUAAGCAUACUAGCAACUCAUCUGCUUCGGGGAGAUUGUUUAGUGAAGGAAACGAUGAAGAUGAGGCUCUACUUGCACGAAAUGAAACGGCCGAGGAUGACGAAAAUGACGAAAAUGACAAUCUCCAUCUUCCACACCCGGCAACUGACGCAGGAACCGAAGCAGAAACAAACAACUCUACAGAAAUGGCCGAGACAAUUCCAUUUGCUCAUCACGACUUGAAACCACCAAAUGUAAUGCUCUCGGCAGAAGGCUUAUCCGUUUUGGUUGAUUUGGGUUCAUGCUCACGAGCGAGAAUUCGUGUAAGAACUCGACAACAAGCCCUUACCGUUACCGAUUUUGCACAAGAGCACUGUACGUUGCCCUAUCGUGCCCCAGAGCUAAUGGAUGUUGAAACUGGUGCAUACAUCACAGAAGCAACAGACAUCUGGUCUUUGGGCUGUUUGCUCUAUUGUACUUGUUUUGGAUAUUCACCUUUUGAAAAACUAGAGAUUGAUCAGGGUGCCAAUUUGAAUUUGGCUAUUAGUCAGGGAAAGUAUCAUAUACCAGAGGAUAGAAACGGGUAUAGCAAAGAGUUGAUCGACUUGAUACGGCAAUGUCUACAAGUCAAAGCUAAAAACAGACCAACUGCCAGGGACUUGAUUCAAAGGGCUUUAGAAAUUAGCAGAAAAUUGGAUGUGUGA